UAGUCUCAGUAAUCCAUCAACCAAAGCCAUUAUACUUCUUUGUUCUGCAAGAUAGCCUGCCAGCCAUGGGAAGCAAGGGCCUCAAGGGUGUGAUGGUGUGUUUACUCAUACUGGGGUUGGUUCUGGAACAGGUGCAAGUAGAAGGCAAGAGUUGCUGCAGGACCACCCUGGGAAGAAACUGCUACAACCUUUGCCGCUCCCGUGGUGCUCAGAAGUUAUGCUCAACCGUCUGUAGGUGUAAACUCACAAGUGGCCUAAGCUGCCCCAAAGGUUUCCCUAAAUUGGCCCUUGAGUCCAACUCAGAUGAACCAGACACCAUUGAGUAUUGCAACUUGGGAUGUAGGUCUUCCGUGUGUGACUACAUGGUCAACGCAGCUGCUGACGAUGAAGAGAUGAAACUCUAUGUGGAAAAUUGUGGCGAUGCUUGUGUCAAUUUCUGUAACGGUGAUGCUGGCCUCACUUCCCUUGAUGCGUAAUGAUGCGUAUCCAUGGUCUGAGAUUUCACAGGGCAAGGUCGUGUCUCACCUUUGCGUUCAAUAAAAUUGGAUCCCAUCGAGAGUAUCCAAACCAGUGUGUCACUCUGUUUUAUGUGUGUGUAUUUCCAUUCCUUGUUCGAAAUAAAAGCCAUCAUGAUGGAUGCCAUGUUGCUGCCCUGAUGUACUACCAUGACUGAGAUAUAAUGGUAUAUGUUGUAUCAUUUGCCUGUGGA